AUGGCGGAUAGAGAAAGAUUGUACGGAGAAAUGAUGUCCGCUGUGCUCGAGAGGGAUCUCGAUAGAUUAAGAGAAUUAAUUACUACUGUUCAAUCAUUGAAUUGGAAUAUUAAUGAAUUACCCGAGAUUGAAAAUGUUAAUAGAACUACAUUGUUACACAUGGCAGUAGUAAUGAGACAGAGGGAGAUAGCAGAACUAUUAAUAACCAACGGAGCUAAUGUACAUGCUGUAGAUAGAAGAAAUUAUACACCGAUGCAUGAGGCUGCUCGAAAUGACGAUUUAGAAAUAAUGAAACUACUUAUGGAUAACGGUGCCAACAUAGCAAAUCUGCCCAAAUUAUUGUUCAUUGCUGUUAAAAGGGCUUCUACAGAAUUUGUUAAGCUGGUUUUGCAACACAUCGAUGUUAAUGCAAUAGAUUCAGAUGGUAGCAUGGCCAUACAUUCAUGUGUUCGCCGUCGUCCCAUUAAUUAUGAAACCCUUAAGCUUUUGAUCGUUAAAGGAGCUAAUAUUGAUGCAAAACAUAAUCAUACAACGGCGCUUAAUUUAGCCGCCCGAGUCAGAGACAUAAAUGCCGUCAAGCUUCUGUUGAACAAUAAUGCGGAUGUUAACUGCAAAGAAGAAGACGGUACGACACCGCUUCAUAUUUUUGUGUCAUUUCAGGAAGUGGAAAUUUGUAAACUACUCGUGAAGAAAGGUGCAUACUUGAAUAUCAAGAGCGAUACAAGACCACCACCGCUUCAUGUUGCUGUUUCGGUAGAUAAUCUGGAUAUCAUGGAAAUUUUGUUACGUGCAGGUGCCAAUGUAGAUUGCGUUGAUGGAGAUGGAAACACUGCGCUUCAUCUUGCUUCUAACAUGCCUCACGACCGUCUCACUGCGACCCUUCUAAGAUACUGUUCUGACAUCAACAUCGUUAACCAAAGGAACUUUACAGCGUUAGAAUAUGCAUUAGAAACUACAAGUCCAUCAUUUAUCGUUCUUUUGCAACACGUAAUAGCAUUGCAGGUUGCUGAGUUUGAUGUUCAUGCUUUAAACAUAGCUGCGAUUACCAAAGCAGAGUUUAGAAAUCAACAAUAUGAGGGAGAAUGUAAAAGAGAAUUCGAGAGAAUGAAAAAUGAGAAAAUCAACAACACCAACAUUAGCUUUUAUGAUAUUCUAAUAGCAAACAUAAAUAAAUUCCCGAGAAAUGAAGAUGUUGUCAACUAUUUAACACUAAACAAUUGCGAAACGGCGUUCCCUAUUUAUGGUAGUAUGAUGAAAACUCGUUUUAUAUUGGGUGUGGAAAAAAAUAAGUUGAUAGAUGAGAGCAUUCUAGCUUGUGAGAAGUUAUUCAAGCAUCCUGAUAAAAGUUUGCCCUUUACUAUCUGCGUACAGAUAUGUGGCUAUUUUUGUCGCGAAGAGAUGAGGAAACUGGUGGAGGAGAGAGAAACGAAAGUAGUGCAUGAGAGAGUGAUAGAGAUUUUGGAUGGAAGAGGGGCAGGAAUAGGGUGGGUGAAGGAGUGGUUAAGGAUUAGAGAUGGAGAGGAGGAUUAG